ACUUGUACUACAAACUAACCACCAAAAGCAAGAGCGAGCAGAGCAGCAGCAGUAGCAAACAGGCAGCGCCUGGCCUAACUCGACCCUCCCUCCUUUGCCUCGUCCUCGUCCCCUCUCGUCUCGUCUCCGUCUCUCUCUCUGUACUCUACUCUACACUUGUCCGACCAGCUCUGCGAGCGCUCGACAUACUACGACGACACUCUACCCGACGCUCAUUACAUCGCGACCACACACGCCUCUCGCCCGCCCGCACGCACGCACACUCGCUACGACCACCGAAGCUGCUGCCGACCACGACCACAUCAACCCCCUCUGACGUACCCAACACACUCACCUACGACAACACCUCAGCAUGACCUGCGUGCUCGUCCUCGCGACCGUUCUCCUGGCCCUGGUGGCCCCCGCCUCCGCCGCGCCCCGCCACCGCAGGGGCAAGCGCUGUGCCCGCAAGUCUACUGCUGUUCCGUCCACCGCUGCGGUGACGUCCGCAGCCGCUGCUCCGAUCAGCAGCGGUUCGGCCGUCGCCCCCGUCCCGGCUGCCAGCGGGAGCGCGGUGCAGCCCCCCGUCACGCACAGCAAUGCCUCACUCUUGGCCGAGCCCGCCGACGAGAACCACGGCCCCGCGCAGUCUGGCUCGUACCUUUUCGCCGCUGUGCCGUCCGGUGUGCCGGUGACGGUCAACUCGACGGCCAACUCGACCACUAACUCGACGACCAGCUCGACGACCGUGGUGCCGACGUCAGCCAAUGUCACCAGCGUGCUGCCUACAUCUGCCAACUCGACCACUGUUGAGCCCACCUCGUCAGCUUCCGCCAACUCGACGACCGUUGAGCCUACCCCGUCUGCCUCGGCCAACUCGUCCGCCGUGUCCUCUAUCAUCGAGUCCGUGACUUCUAUCUUCAACUCGACGACCACUCCCGAGCCCACGUCCGCCAACGCGACCACUGUUGAGCCUUCUGUCAACGCGACCUCUGUCUCUGUGACUUCGGCCGCCCCAACGUCCUCGUUCUCGGCCAACGCCACGACGGUGGCCCCGAGUGACGUCGCCAGCGCGACCUCCCCUACCAACUCGACGUCUGUGGACUCUGCCUCGACCACGAGUAACAUCUCCGCCUCCAGCACCGUGUCGUCCGCUUCCAGCACCGGAUCCGCCACCCCCACGCCCGCGCCCACUGGCCCACAGACCGGCCCGGCCGACCAGCAGAACCUCCUCCUCGACCUGCACAACACGCUUCGCGCCGAGUUCUCGGCACCGCCCGUCACCUGGAACGACUCUCUCGCAGAGUAUGCGGCCAGCUGGGCGCCGCACUGCACCCUUCAGAACUCGGCCGGUGCGGCCGGUGAGAACCUCGCCGCCGGUGCGGGCAACUAUGACCUCACCGCCCUCUUCAACUACUGGAGUUCCGAGCAGAACCAGUACGACUGGAGCAACCCGGGCAUGGUGGGCAAGGACGGAUCUCGCGUCGGGCACUUCACCCAGGCGGUGUGGCAGGACACGACGUCGAUCGGCUGCGCUUGGAUCUCGAGCUGUGCCCCCAACACCGUCUUCCAGGGCAUUGACUCGACCAUCCUUCUCAUCUGCGAGUACUGGCCCCACGGCAACGUAGUUGUCCCCAACAAUGUCAACUGGACGCAGCAGUGGUUCGAGACAAACGUCGGUCCAAAGCUCUCUAGCUAGUGUGACGACGCAGGGCUUCCCAUUCAGUGGACUCUAUUAGGUUGUUUGUUGCUGUGCCUCAUCCCUUCCUACCCUCCUCCUCCCCUCAGUAUCCUAUCCCUCUCCACGCGCUAGCGCAGAGCGCUAUGCCUCCCUGUUUGUGUACUUGUGUGCGCUUGAUGCGUCUAUGCACGUGCCUCUCCCCCGAGACA